AUGAGCACCGCUGCCGACGAUGGGAAGUGGGACGUGGAGGACAGCCGGCGGCCGCGGCGCGCCAACCGCGGCAGCAUGAUGCAGGAGCUCCUUGAGAAGGGGCUCAACUCGGAGGAGGAGAACCUGCUGAACGACCUUAGCGACGCCACGACCGACAGCACCUUCAGCAGCAGCGGGGAGGAGGCGAUGGACGAGAUCGACAGCGACUUCUCCGACGAGGAGGUGGAGGGCGUCUUGGACGGCGCGGAGGUGACGACGGAGGCGAUGUUGCGGCGCGAGGAGCGGCAGGAGCGCCAGAAGGAGCGCCAGCGUGCACUGCGGCGCAUGGGCGGAGACGUGCCGCGGCGCAAGGGCACCGCCACGCCAGCCGCCCCGAAGACGGCGGCUCUUCGGCUUCGGCCGCCGCCAACGAUACCGCUGGAGGAGCGGCUGCAAGUGGCGCACAAACGAGCACGUGAAGUUCGUGCGGCGGCAGCAGCGGCGGCGGUAGGGGAACACAACCCGGCGGGGUCGAUGCUAAUAACCUCUGCGGGAGGCGCGGCGGCGUACAACGUGGGGAGGUCCAUGGAUAAACGUCGACGUCCACACUGCACUCGUGCACGGCCCGCGGACGCAGCGCCGGCGGCUGGUGAGGGAGGGGAAGUGUCGCAGCGCGUCUGCUACACCAGCAGCCGGAGUGUGCUGGAACAGUUUGGUGUGCCGGUGGUGAUGUCCUUCUCCACCUGCCUGCCGCGGAUGUUCCAGAGCAACAACGUAAAGUGA